AUGUUCUCGCUGAGAAGUAGCUCCAACAGCAGCAAGAAGCAACCCAUUGAGGUGGAUGGAAAAGGAAAGAGACCCACCAGCGCCAAGGGGGAGACCGAGCAGGCGGAGGAUGACCAAGUGAAGAACCUGUACAAUGAAAAGUCAUUAGUCAAAGUAGAAAGUUACCUGAACUAUGCAGAGCAGCAGACACAAAUGUACCCCAUCAGCAGAACAACCACCCCCCAUCAGCUUAACAUUGGAAGCAUGGAAAGUGUCCAUGAGGAAGAAGGGACCUUUAACCCGAUUGCGAAAUCGUCAACACUGUUAUCUCAUGAGGAGGAGGAGCUAGCCAAACUUAUAAGUGAGAAUGACGAAGGGGUUGAAGAAGAGGUGGUGAGGAGACAGACCAGAAGUGUAAACAGUAGUAAGUACCCUCUUCCUGGUGAGCAGAGGGACGAAGAGGAGAUUAAUUUCGAUUCGGGAAUAACAAAGUCGGGUGUAAAUGAGAAGAGGCAGAACUGCCCAAGUAAUGAGGCCCUGCAGGGGGUGUCCGCUCCACAGGAUGGCAGCGUCGACGUGGUGAAUAAUGUCAGCGAGGAAAAUGGUGAGGGUCAGGCUGGGGAGAUGUUUUCCCCCAAUGGUGAACAGGAGGAGUCCGCCGAAGCGGAGGCAGAAGAGGAGGUAGAAGUGAAUGUCGAAGCGGAGGUCGAUGCGGAGGUAGAAGUGAAUGUCGAAGCGGAGGUCGAAGCGGAUGAGGAAGACGAAUUGGGGAAGUCCCCCCUCGAGCAGAAUAACAGCGUGGAGGGAGUCAUUGGCGAGUCGUAUGCAGAAGAGCCACGCCUCCAUGACGAAGGGAAGGCAAGCGGUGGUGAAUCGAGCGGCGCCCAUCCAACCCGUGGCGAGGACAGUGGAAAGGCCUACCAAGGUAGGAACGAAAUGUGCAAAGGUGAAGAAUCGAAGGAAAGAUUCGAGGAGUCCCUAAUCAGUGACAGCUGUGUGUACAGCAAGGAGGAGGAAGUGAAAUCGGAGACUUCCCUUUUUAAGGAUGAGCAUGAAGGGGAGAGCCACCUGCACGAUAAGUUUAACGACGAAGUGCAGAUGGGGAGCGACGUUCAGUUGAGCAGCGAAGUGCAGAUGGGGAGCGAAGUGCAGAUGGGGAGCGAAGCCCAGUUGAGUAGCGAAAUGCAGAUGAGCAGCGAAGGGAACAGCAACGAGCACUUUAAAAAUGCGCUAAUAAAAGAUAUGCUAAUGCAGAAGGAGAGUAGUACAGCUGACCAUCCCUCCCCCAUUGACCAGAACAAGACGCUUGCCUUGAUAGACAACCUGCUAAGCAUUAAAGGGGAGGAGGGGGUGAAUAAUCAUUUUGAUAAGUUAUUUGCCGAGGAGAGCAGAGAUGUGGUUAGUAAUGCCUAUGGCCCUGUGCCCAUUGUGAAUGCAUCCCCUGGUGGGGGAAACCCAUGCGGAGGGGUGACUGUUGGAGGGGGGAUUCCCGCACAUGUGCAUAGUGGCGGUGCUGCCGGUGGUGCCGCCGGUGUUGCCUCCGGUGUUGGGAAGAGUGCCUGCGUGAGCCAUAGGGAGAGCCCCGUUGGCGGCUGCGUGGGGAAUAACGCCGUGGGGGGCAACCUGGUUGGAAGUAAUCUCGUUGGAAGUAAUCUCGUUGGAAGCAACCUCGUUGGAAGCAACCUCGUUGGGAAUAAUCUCGUGGGAAAUGGCCUCUCCGCAAAUCACCCCCCCGCAAAUCAUCUCGUGGGGAGUACCCCGCUUGGAAGCCCCCCCGUUGGAAGCCCCCCGCUUGGCAACCUCCCCAGCGGAGGAAUGCACGAGGGCUGCGCCAUGGCGAGCAAAGAAGCCCUGAGCAAAGGUGAAAGCAUAAGGAAGUCAAAAAUCAUCUGCCUCAGCUACCUACGCAUAUUGAAGAGGCUAACCUCCAUCUGGAGUGAAACGAACAAGUCCUUCGAAUACCAUUUUGUGAGUAUCCUCAACAGCGUGGAAAUGAACAACUUGGAUUUGUACCUUUGUUGCUUUUCAAAUAUAAAAAUAUCCUCUGCGAAAAGUUUGUUCCUGGAUUCUAUUGUGGAGUGCAUUGACGAAUUGGAGAUAAUAAAGAAGCUGAAGAAUGGGAAGGGGAAGGAGGAGAGUAGCAAUCACCUGUAUGACAAAAGCACCUCCUUCAGUUCUUCCUCCUCAAGUGGAAAUAAAAAUGGGAAAAGUGAAAUGUUGAAGCAGAUCAUGGAAGAAGUGGAGAGUAAUUUGUCUAAAGAAAUUGUGGAUGAGAUGCACGACUUGUCUUUGAGGAACCCCUACUACAGUAGUACCUACCAUGGGAACAACAGUGUGGGUAACGUCAUGUCUGCAGUGUCUCCUCAUGUGGCCGAUGGAGGAGAGCCCAGUGUGUUGUCCCUCUACAGCUGUGCCCAUAAGAAGGGUGGCGGUAACCACCACGUGUGCAACGAUUCGGGUGGCUUCGUCGAUUUGAAAAAGGGGAAGGAAUUGCUCAUGUGCGGGGGUAGGAAUCCCUGCGGUGUGUCUGCUGCCUGCGGAGGUGGGGCGGUCGUUGGAGGGUCCCCCCCGAGCGCCGCUUCCCCUAUUGGCGCCGUUGGAACGGCGGCUGCCGGGGGGGGGAGCUUCCCCAGUUACGCGUGCAACUCGCACGGCAACCACUUCGCUUGCGCCGGCGCCCUCCCGGCGAACUGCGCCAGCGGCAACAACAUCAGCAGCGGUAAUAAUGGAAACAACAGAGGGAACCCCCUGAGCAGCAGCUACAGCGCGAACAUGAUGAGCCUGGCCGGGAAUAACCCCCUAAGCUACAGCAACAGCUUCGGCGCCGCCUCCAACUCGUGCAAGAAGAAGUGCAGCUACUCGGAUGAAAACAUUCUAAACAAGCUAAACGUCAGCAUAGACUACCACUCGUAUAACGACUACAGCAACAACUACAUUCAGGAGGCCGAGAAGGUGGUGGAAAAGUACAAAAAUUUGAGCAAGCUUAAUUCGAAGGAGAGCGAAAAUAUGUAUAGCACGUGCAGCCAGUCCACCGUGCACGACGUCAGUAACGCUAACGUGAAUGCCUAUUUGCAUUUUAAAUCGUUCAUGGCGGAAUAUGCGAACAUGCACAAGGGGGGUGGGGGCCCUGCGGAGAAGAACAAGUUGAAGGACAUGGACUUGACCUCCAGUGACCUGAGCUUCCUGCGCUGCCUCUACGCGCAUUUGUGUGGAACCGGCGGAUGGGAGGAUAAAGGACCCAGCGAUGCGUACUGCCAUGAAAACGACGCGAAGGAUGCGAAGAGCUUUUACGACAGCAAGCUGAAGCUCGACUCGAGCAGCAACAACGACAUGAGCAAAUUCCUGCAGGAGUACAAGCUGAGUGAUGAAGACAACUUUGACGAGAGGGAGUACUACACCAAGUACGCGCGAAACAGCAACAAAGGGGGGAUUCUCAACGGAUGUGAUAUGAACGGAAAUUUUUCGUCCAACAGUUUCCAGAGCAUCAUGAGGAAGAGGAAGUUGAGGGACACCCCUUCUGCGCACCACCAUCAUAGUCAUCACCCGAUGCAGAAGUGCAGCGUAGGGGGUGGCGGUUUGGCUAGUGUAAGCGGAAUGGCUGGUGCGAACGGGGCCAUGCUGAGCGGGCUCGCGGACCUGAGUGGAAACCCCGGAGGCGGGGUGGGCGCGAGCGGAGCGGGCGUGGGGGGCUACGACUUGAACUACCUGCUGUGCAACACCAAUGUGCUGAAGAAGUUGAAGUUUAAUUUGUUGGAGGGCAAGAAGGGUGCCGAUGUUAGCGGGGUUGGCGGCGUUGCCAAUGUUAGCAGUGUUAACAGUGUUAGCGGCGGGGGAGCGAACCUGCCCGGGAGCAGCGGCAGCCUGCUGGGAGUCAUCGACUUCCUGAAGAAGGACUCCAACGACUACUCCGUGGACGAAAACGGCGGCCCGCACAUGAACACGAGAAAAAGCUUCGCCAACAAGAAUAACGCCAUGAGUAGCAACGCGAAGAACUACAAGGACAUUUUGAACCUGUCGCAGGAGAAUUUUGGCAAGAAGGGAGCCAACGGGGGGGGAGCGGCGGGAGGAGUGGCAGGAGGAGCGGCGGGAGGUGCAUCUCCCUCACCGUACAAGAAUGGGAACGAUCGAGACCGAGAUAGGGACCGCGACCGGGACCGCGACCUGGACGUGCUUCACCACCACCAUCACUUCCCCCUGCACCACCCAUCGCUCCCACAUCACCACAUAAACCCCAGCACCCUGUACGACUUUAUAAUGAACACCAAUAGUGGGUCUAGCGGAUUGAUGGAGAGUUCGCUUCACCAUUCAGGAAGCCUCCUGAUGAACAGCCCCACCGGGAAUAACAGAAAUGAGAGCAGCAUGCAUGACAGUGGCCUUGGGAACCAGAACAACAGCGGCAAUAACAAUAACGGCACGAUGAACAUGAAGGGAGCAUACAACGUGAGUGGAAGUGCCACGAGCACCACGACUCCCAGCGGAUUGCAGAAGAAGAACAGCUACGAUUUUAGCGCCGAUUAUAAUUCCAAGAUAAGUGCCAACGAGUCGGAGCUGUCCCUAAGCAAUAACGAUAAUAGUAGCGAGCUGCUAAUGAGUAGUACCAAAAUGGAGGGGGGGUCUUCUACCGCAGCUGGUCUGAGCAGUGCUGUCUCCCCAGGGGGGGUUGCACCGGGAGGGAUGAGCCCCUACAAACAUAGUAAGAAUGAAAAUGGAAAGGCAAUUGGAAUGGGUACGACCCCAAAUGGUGGGAGUAAGAAUGUUAAAAAUUUAAAAAGCUCAUCCAACAUCACACCAGUGCCAUCAGCAAACUACGGAAUUGGGAAGUUGAAAUAUGAAAUGCCUGUUGGUGUAAAUCCAAAUGAUGAUAAAGUGAAGGGAGUUUAUUUUUCUAAGUCCCCUAGAGGAGUUGGCAAGUGGAACGCCUAUUUUCAAAUUGCCAAUAAUAAGAGGCUGUUUACCAGCUUCAGUGUGAGCAAGUACGGCUAUAACGAAGCUAGGAAGUUAUCUAUUUUGAAGAGAACCGAGUGGGAGAAGGAGUACAGGCACCACACUGACUUGAAGAACGCGGAUGUGAAGAAGGGGAAGAAGAAGUCCACCCACCACCACCCGCAAUCGCAGCAAUCGCAAUCGCAGCCAUCGCAGCAAGCGCAAUCGCAGCCAUCGCAGCCAUCGCAGCAGCCGCAGCAGCACCACCCGGUAAGCAGCAGCUUGGUCAAAGGUAACGUCAAAACUGCGCAGAAGGGGAACAACAACCACUCGGUAAAUUCCAACAGCGAUGAGUCCAUCUCGUUUGGGAGGGAAAACAAACUGAAUGAAGACAGCAGCUGGAUGUACUCCAAUGACGACGAGGAGGGCUGCUUGAUUAGCGGCAAACUCGCGGCCGACCUGUCGAGCGAGCUGAACGAUUUGGGCACGUUGAACGAGUUGAGCCAUGUGAGCAAUUUGAACGAGCUCAGCCAUUUGGGCAAUCUGAACGAGCUGAACGAGCUCACCCAUUUGAACGACUUGAACGAUUCGCAUAUGCUGACUGCUGGGGGAGGAAAGAAGGUGAGCAAGCUGAGCAUGCCCAGUGGGAAUAACGGCAGCGGCGGCGGAGGAGGGUCUCUCACUGCUGCUGGUGCGGCGGUCGGCGAGUGCAUCAAGGUGGACGACAACAUAAACUUCUUCAUCGAGUGCACGAAGAACGAUAACGACGCGUUUAACUCCGUGGACCUUCUGCGUUCGAGUUUGAACGGCGGGGCGGCUGGCGACGGAAGAGCGGCCGGUGACGGCAAUAGCGGUGGCAAUAGCGGUGGCAAUGGCGGUGGCAAUGGCGGUGGCAAUAGCGGUGGCAGUGGCGGUGGCAAUGGCGGUGGCAGUGGCGGUGGGAAGACCUCCUCCAGGAAAAGCGCCCUCAGCGGCAGUGGCAACUUCCCCUUGAACUCGCUCGUGGACUCCUACGGAGCCGGCGCAGAGAACAACGGCAAGCAGCCGCUCAACUCGUCCAGGGUGCUCUCCAGCUCGAUUGGGCUGCCCAACAAGUACAUCCGCAACUUGCAGUUCCCGGCCAUCGACUCCCACACGGUCAGCAACUUUUUGGAGGCCGUCACGGACGACCAGAAAAUUUCGUCCUAG